AUGGGGGAAAAAAUUAAAAUUAAGAUUGAGUCCGUUUUAUCAAAAAAUAAAGGCUAUCAAGCAGUUUUAAAAAUAUCAGAGAUACUAAAUGGAAAAGAAGAAACAGAUGGAAUACCCGAAGAUUGGAGUUUAAAUGAUUUCAUGUAUAUGAAAAACUGCCCAAUAACAUCAGUCGACGUUGAACGUACGUUUUCAGUAUACAAAAGUUUACUUACUUGCAAUCGACAAUCGUUCAAAUUCAAAAACAUUAAAAAAUCUUUAAUUGUUCAAUGCAAUUUCCAAGAGCCAUUAAAAGAAAACUAA